CGCUUGUUGUACAAGAUAAAUAUUACAUCUCCACGCCCCCCCCCUUUUGUUUUAUAUAUAAAUAUUUAUAAUUUUUUUCAUUUUUUCAUUUUUGUUUAAAUACUCCCUUCUCUCAUUUUUACUUGCCUACACCCUUUCAACCCCCAUUUCAUUCCUUCAAAACAUGUUAUCUCGCUCCAUCUUUUCCUUUUCCGCCAUCGCCUGUAUUGUGCUUUCAGUUGUCAAUGCAGCUCCUAUUCAAACUAGCUACAGCCAACUUCAUGUGCCUGAAGCAGGUUUCUUAUUGACAGAAAGUUUAUCAGAAUAUUAUGAAAACAUUGUAGAUCAAGUUAUGCUUGAUGUAUCCGAAAAUGUCUUGUCUUAUAUUCCUAAAUCCAUCAGUCAAGGCGAUGUUGAAGUUCGCCAAUUAGCACAAAAAUCAUUAAACCGUAAUCUUAAUUUUAUGCGUGCAAGCCUACUCGCAUCUGUAAAUCCUCUUGUCUCUACAGACAUUCCUCAAAUCGCUGGCUUAACAACCAUCCAAAACGAAGCAACCAAGCUUUCAGAAGAAAUUAACCAACACACAGAAGAGAUGGAAAGUCUUUUAUUAGAAUCCAUCUUGACCUUAAACAAGAAAAUCAGUCAUCAACUUGGCUUGAUCGUAAAUGCAGAACAAUCCUCUGCUAUUUUGAUCCGUCAAGCUAAUACUGCCCAACGUACAAGACAAGAAAAUAAACCUACCGUCAUUACUGUCGAAUGGAAGCUUCGUCAACCUUUUCAAAUUAAUGUACUUCGUGAAGAACAAGAGACUACAAACAAUGAUAUCUUACUAUUGGAAUCUGAAUGGUUAUUUGAUCAGUUGUCUCUUGUAGAAGAAAACCUCUUGACUGAAUUCGAUGAUCGUACUCAAGAAGCUAUUCAACUUGUCAUGGAAAGUUUAGCUCUUGAUAUCUAAACAACAACAACAACAAAACAAUACCCCAACACACACACACACAAACAUCAAUCUUGUAAUAUUUUCUUUCUUCUAUAUAGUACCUUUCUUCUUCUUUCCCCUCCACCCCAAUUUUAUUCAUAGCUCACACAAGUUAUAGUCAUCUCAUUUUGAGAGAUUUGCAAAGCGUUACACAAUAAAUAAUUUAAUGAACGCUGUAUUUACUCAAUAAAAAGGAAAUUGUCCACUCAACUUUAUGGCCCGAUUUAUACAUUCUGCGCUACACGUGAAACUCCCUUUUUAUUCGUUUACACACACAC